AUGGGGCAAGUAAAUGAUGUUCAAGUUUGUCCAAAAGGGGAAGUAAAUGAUAUUCAAGUUUGUCCAAAAGGGGAUAUAACUGAUAUUCAAGUUUGUCCAAAAGGGGAAGUAAAUGAUAUUCAAGUUAGUCCAAAAUGGGAAGUUAAUCAUAUUCAAGUUUGUUCAAAACUGGAAGUAAAUAAUAUUGAAGUUUGUCCAAAAGGGGAAGUGAAUGAUAUUCAAGUUUGUCCAAAAGGGGAAGUAAAUGAUAUUCAAGUUUGUCCAGAAGGGGAAGUAAAUGAUAUGCAAGUUUGUCCAAAAGGGGAAGUAAAUAAUAUUCAAGUUUGUCUAAAAGAGGAAGUAAGUGAUAUUCAAGAAGUAAAUGAUAUUCAAGUUUGUCCAAUGAGGGAAGUAAAUGAUAUUCAAAUUUGUCCAAAAGGGGAAGUAAAUGAUAUUCAAGUCUGUCCACAAGGGGAAGUAAAUGAUAUUCAAGUUUGUCCAAAAGGGGAAUUAAAUGAUAUUCAAGUUUGUUCAAUGAGGGAAGUAAAUGAUAUUCAAAUUUGUCCAAAAGGGGAAGUAAAUGAUAUUCAAGGGGAAGAAAAUGAUAUUCAAGUUUGUCCAAAAGGGAAAGUAAAUGGUAUUCAAGUUUGUCCAAAAGUGAAAGUAAAUGAUAUUCAAGUUUGUCGAAAAGGGAAAGUGAAUGAUAUUCAAGUUUGUCCAAAAGGGAAGGGGGAAGUAAGUGAUAUUCAAGUUUGUCCAAAAGGGAAAGUAAAGGAUAUUCAAGUUUGUCCAAAAGGGAAAGUAAAUGAUAUUGAAGUUUUUCCAAAGGAGGAAGUAAAUGAUAUUCAAGUUUGUCCAAAAGGGAAAGUAAAUGAUAUUCAAGGGGAAGCAAACGAUAUUCAAGUUUGUCGAAAAGGGAAAGUAAAUGAUAUUCAAAUUUGUCCAAAAGGGAAAGUAAAGGAUAUUGAAGUUUGUCCAAAAUGGAAAGUAAAUGAUAUUCAAGUUUGUCCAAUAGGGAAAGUAAAUUAUAUUCAAGUUUGUCCAAUAGGGAUAGUAAAUGAUAUUCAAGUUUGUCCAAAAGGGAAAGUAAAUGAUAUUCAAGUUUGUUCAAAAGUGAAAGUAAAUUAUAUUCAGGUUUGUCCGAAAGGGAAAGUAAAUGAUAUUGAAGUUUGUCCAAAGGGGGAAGUAAAUGAUAUUGAAGUUUGUCCAAAAGGGAAAGUAAAUGAUAUUCAAGUUUGUCCAAAAUGGGAAGUAAAUGAUAUUCAAGUUUUUCCAAAAGGGAAAGUAAAUGAUAUUGAAGUUUGUCCAAAAGGAAAAGUAAAUGAUAUUGAAGUUUGUCCAAAGGGGGAAGUAAACGAUAUUCAAGUUUGUCCGAAAGGGAAAGUAAAUGAUAUUGAAGUUUGUCCAAAGGGGGAAGUAAAGGAUAUUCAAGUUUGUCCAAAAGGGAAAGUAAAUAAUAUUCAAGUUUGUCCAAAAGGGGAUGUAAAUGAUAUUCAAGUUUGUCCAAAAGGGGAAGUAAAUGAUAUUCAAGAUUGUCCAUAA